AUGAAACUUGAGGUCAACCAUGAUCGGUUCCGCAAUGAGGCAGCAAAAGUUAUAUAUGCCGUUAGCCGUUUGGCAGAAAGGGUCCCCGAUCAGGUCAUUCCACUCAUUAAUGGUAAGUCUGCUGCUCCCUUUGACUCCAUCACCACCUUCAUUGCCCACCUGAAAGCCUCGUUUGGAGACCUAGAUCCCCGGGGUACCACUCGCGGCCAACUCGUCACCCUGAAGCAAGGCAAAAGAGACUUCGCCACCUAUUACUCACAGUUCCUCUGUAUUGUAACCUACUUAAACUACAACAAAGGAGCCAAGAUUGACGUCCUGGCUGAAGGACUAUCGGAAGAUCUGAAGGACACCAUGACAUACUGGAUAGACAGGACUAACAUUAUAGAAGCAUACGCGACUAUAUUCAUGACAAUCGACAACCAGAUUCGGAGCCGUAAGGCUAAACAACGGGCCAUCCGUAACACGAUGGGACAAUUUACUGCCCGCGCCGCUGUUGCACACCCAUCCCAUACUGCCGGAGAUCUCCCCCCAAUGGAUCUCUCCGUCCUCCAAACCUGUUCUGCUCAAUGCCCUGCCGACGAACAACAAUACACAUUCGUCAAUGGACAACGCAAGACCUCCACCACUGACCCCGCUAUACCGCCGAUUGCUAGUUCCGCCUCCUCCGAUCGCUAG